AUGUCUAUGAGCAUAGCAAUAGCGGUUUUAGCGAUAGCUCUAUAUUUGAUCAGUGGGGGUAGAUGGACAUUUGCUUUGAGCCUUUUUGUUUUCCUAUUUGUUCAUUCUCGUAGGCUCAAACAUAAAUAUCAUUUGGAGUCACAGAAUGAAAUAACAAGGAGAAUAGAUGGUCUGAAUUCGCCAAUAUAUGCUGUUGAUUUCACGACUUCAGGGCCCGCAUCAAAAACUCUACUGAAUAAUAAGGGGCGCGUGAAAGGGACUCAAGGAAGAAGGGUACCAAAAAUAAUCCGAGCAUCGAAACCUAUCAACAAGCAGACAGAUAAGAGAGAGCCAGUUCUAACGCAAUCCUCGGUGAAACUCUUGGAAGCUCAAGUAUUUAUCUUCUAUACAACAUUAACCGGUUCUUCUGAAAGAGUUGCUAAGGGUCUAUAUGAAAAACUUGAAAACAUAGAUGAUUUAAAACUUAAACCGAAAUUACUAAGUCUUGAUGAGGAUGUUGAUGAUCUCGAAGAAUACUUUUUGAAGACACCUGGAGAUAGUGGAAAAAACAUAUAUUUAUUAGUUUUACCAUCUUAUGAGACUGACUCACCAAUUGACUAUUUCUUGGAACACUUAAGAGAAACCCACAAUGAUUUUAGGGUUGAUAAGUACCCUUUGAGCAAAUUAUUGGGGUUUGCCGUUUUGGGUUUAGGAGAUUCAGAGUCUUGGGGUGGAGAUAAGUUUUGUUAUCAAGCGAAACUAGCGGAUAAGUUUUUGGCAAAACUUGGUGGUAGAAGACUUUAUCCUUUGGGAAAUGUUUGUAUGAAAUUCGAAGGAGAGCCAAAAUCGAAUGAGUGGAUUCAAAAUUUCGCAGCCCUAAUGGUGGACAAUGAACCGUUUUAUAUCACACAAAAUGAGGAGUUUGAGGAUAGUGACUAUGAAGAAGAUGAUGGAAGCGAUGGUAGUGACACCCUUGUUGAUGUCGAGGACAUUGGAAGUGUGAUAAGGAAAUCAGCGUCUGACGAAUUAACAAAUCUCACGAAGCAAAUGGUCGCUGAAAAUUCUCCUACAUUCAAAUCAUUAACCAAGCAGGGAUACACGAUUGUAGGAUCUCACUCAGGAGUUAAAAUUUGCAGAUGGACAAAAAGUGCCUUGAGAGGAAGAGGCUCUUGUUACAAAUUUGCUUUCUAUGGAAUUAGAUCUCAUUUAUGCAUGGAGACGACACCGUCUUUAGCGUGCUCUAAUAAGUGUGUCUUUUGUUGGAGGCACGGUACAAACCCAGUUGCUAAAUCAAAUUGGAGGUGGGAAUUAGAUCCACCUGAAAAAGUUAUAGAAGGCGCUUUGAGGGGCCAUUAUCAAAAAAUCAAACAAAUGAGAGGAGUCCCAGGUAUCCAACUUGAGAGAUUUCAGGAAGCUUUUGAAGUCAAGCAUUGCGCUUUAUCUUUAGUUGGAGAGCCAAUAUUUUACCCUCACAUUAAUGAAUUAGUCCAAAUGUUACAUGACAGACAAAUAUCAUCAUUUUUGGUUUGUAACGCGCAGCAUCCCGAGCAAUUGAGAAGAUUGCAAAGAGUGACACAGCUUUACGUAAGUAUUGAUGCGCCCACGAAAGUGGACUUAAAAAAGAUCGAUAGACCUUUGAACGGUGAUUUUUGGGAGAGAUUGACGUCAUGCUUGGAUAUAUUAAGGACAGUUCAAAAACACCAGAGAACGGUUUUUAGAUUGACUUUAGUAAAAGGAUUCAAUAUGGGAGAUGUGGGGGGAUAUGCUGACAUGGUAGUACGUGCACAGCCGUCCCAGAUUGAAGUCAAAGGUGCAACUUUUUGCGGUUCUUCGUCAGGAAACGGAAACCCCCUUACCAUGCAAAAUAUCCCAUUUUAUGAAGAGUGUAAGCAAUUUGUUCUCAAUCUUACUCAUGAAUUGAAAUCAAGAGGGUUCCAUUAUGAUAUUGCUGCAGAACAUGCUCAUUCAUGUUGCAUACUAAUCGCUCAUGAAAAAUUCAAAAUUGAUGGGAAAUGGUUUACUCAUAUUGAUUAUCCCAAGUUUUUUGAGCUCCUCAAAAGCGGAAAGGAGUUCAUUGACUUAGACUAUAUAAAAGAAACGCCCGCUUGGGCUGUAUGGGGUUCUAAUGAAGCUGGCUUCAAUCCUGAAGAUGUUAAAUACGAUAGGAAAGCCGAAAAGUUGAAGAAAAGACAACAGAGAGAAGAGCAGCUUCAAAUUAUUGCUGAACACAAAGAAGUGCUUUAA